AUGCUUGUGGCUGUGGGCGUUUUUGCGCUUGAUCCGGUGCGACGCAGGUUCUUUGAGCUGUUCUACUACCUGCACGUCUUGUCCUUCUACAUGAUUGCCCCUGCGGUGCUGUGGCACGCUGCUGCCGCGUGGGAGUACUUUCUGCCCGGGCUGACGGUGUGGUUUGCGGAUCGCCUGCUGCGGAUGCACCGGAGCACGUCGAGGGUGGAAGUGGUGUCUGCCGUUGCGAGCGGAUCCUUUGUGGAGCUGAGCUUCCGCCACGCGGCGCUGAGGGCGGCGCCUGGGCAGUACGUCUUUGUGAAUAUUCCCGAACUGUCUCUCUUGCAGUGGCACCCGUUCAGCCUGAGCGGCGCCUGCGAGGGGUGCCACACGCUUUACAUCAAGUCUGCAGGCGGCAAGAGCUGGACGGGACGGCUGGCGAAGCUGGUGGGGGAGUGUGGCAGGAGCUUCUCACUGGGCGUUGACGGGCCGUGCGGGCGCGUCCAAGAAUUCGAUGACUACAGUGUCGUUGUGCUUGUUGCCGGCGGCAUUGGCGUGACACCGUGCGCCGCGAUCUACAGCCACCUGCGCCGGCAGCGAGCGGAGGGUGGUGGGGCCCCUGCCGUGACGCUGCUGUGGUCUGUCCGCGACGCCGCCCUGGUGUCGAUGAUGUCGUACCUGUGGAGUGACGGCAAAGAGGACUUCUUGGUGAAUGCCGGCCCGUUGGAGCGCGAGGUUGCCGCGUGCUCGGUGAGCCCCGCUGCCGCGGUUCCUGCGCUGCGCCUGUUUGUGACAGGGGGCGCGGCGUGCGGCAGUGUUUCCCAGACGGAGGUUGCUGUGACGGCGGGGCGACUCGACGCCGCCGCUGAGGUCCCCUUCGUCGUCGGCGACGCGGAUCCCCGCUCGGUGUUGGUGUUUGCGUGUGGCCCGGCUGGCCUGGUGCGAAGCGCGAGGGACGCAGCACUGGCGCUUGGGGCAAACUUCCGCGAGGAGAGUUUCAACCUUUAG